AUGGCAGAAGCAAGUCUUUUCAUCAAACACGAAUCUGACGGUCACAGCAAUCCUUUCAUGAUGUCUCACUCCGGUUACUCCAUGAACUUUGGGAACCCCAACGAGGCCGUGGAUCCCUCGGACCUGUCCAUGCAGCAAGGCGGAUUUAUGCCUUAUUCAUACGGGUCUCAGCAGAACAUGUCCUCCAGCUUCAACUUUGGAAACUCCGGGAUUGAUACCGACGAACUUUUGGACUUGGAAAUUAGCGCGCCAAAUGGCCACCAGCGUAAUGACAUGAAUUACAUGCAGGAUCAAUCCACAGGAGCCAUCGCCAUGAGCCACCAAAGUCAGAUGUCGCAUCUCUACUCUAAUACCCCGGACAACGCGCCAAUGGCCAGUCCUUUCGUCCAGAACAGCUUCAACUACGAACAAUUCCGGAUGAAUCAGCAAAACCCUAACAUGCAGCACGCCGGUUCCUUUGACCAGAACUAUGCUAAGAACCGCCCGGGCUUGCAGAAUAUGGAACGUGUUCCCUCGGAUGGCCGGAGCCCCAUGACCCCAAAGACCCCUGCCCUUGGAUCCUUGAACUUGGGUACUCCAGAGUCUGGCAGCUUCCCCGGCCAGCCCAUUCGGACAGGUGGCCUACAGCCUCGUCACCAGAAGACAAUGUCCAACCAAUGGGAUGGAACUCCGACCAGCGCACACUCAUACAUUGACUCACCGAUCUCAUCGCCUUCUCAACACCAUCAUGCUGGUAUUUCGGAAAUUCUCAAGUCCGGAAAGCACGCCUCCCUCCCUGCCAAGGUUGAUAACCAUAUGCCCGGCAGUGCCCAAGAUCUUGAAUCACAGGAAGCCAAGCGCCGACGCCGGCGCGCCUCGCACAAUUUGGUUGAACGCCGCCGUCGCGACAACAUUAACGAACGUAUUCAGGACCUCUCGCACUUGGUGCCACAGCACCGAUUGGAAGAUGACAAGGUCCGGAAACAGCUCGUGAACAACAGUGCCCUUUCCAUGGCUGGCGCAGGUGGUAAUGCUGCCACCUCUCUUCUGGCCGGGGGCAAUGGACGACGCGCCACCCCUGGUAAUAUCACCAUGGGUCUUCCCAUUGAAGAGAAAGAGAAGGGGCCCAACAAGGGUGAUAUUUUGAACGGAGCUGUCAGCUGGAUGCGCGAUCUUAUGUGGGCCUUGCACGUGAAGUACCAACAAGAGGCUGAACUUGCCGAGAUGAUCAGUAGUCUUGGUGGCACUUGGCCAUUUGAACCCACUGAGGAAGAGAAGCGCAUGCGCAGUGAGAUCCUUGAUGCCUUGGAGAUCAACGACCCCACUUCCUUUAGCUACACCCGAGGUCCCGGUAGCGGUCUGCGGGUUCCCAAGCACACCAACCUCGCUGGUGAUGCUAUGGUGGGUGGUGACGGACUCACCCCGCCUAACCUGAGCCCCUCCUACCACAGCGGUGCCAGCAGCACCAACGGAGGUCAAGCUCAGUACUGGAGUACUUCUGGUCAUGCUGGAAUGAGCUUCAAGGAGGAGGACGAGUAUGGAAUGGAGAUGAACUGA